GCUCCCGGGUGCCUGAGCGUGGGCUGAGGCUCCGCCACUCCACACACCUACUUCCUGCAAUCCUGGCAAUUACCAAUGGAGUGAAACCCAGUUCCUGACGUGGCUGACUCAGCAAGGGCUUGGCUCAAAACAAACACAUCCACGCAGGGAGCCGCAGCCCGGGAAGCAGCGACGGGUGGCACAUGAAGGGACGGCGGCGGCAGUGCUGGGGAGUUUUGGCAUUCUGGGUCCAACCUGGCUGAAUUCCUGGACUCCUGGAGCUCUCCCCGGACUUGCUUCUUCAUCCUGGUCUCCGAGUGCUCCAGCAGCUUCUCCUCUCUGCUCCUGGACUCCGGGCUGCUCCAACAGAGUCCCGGAGCCGCAGCACUCGUUUAACGAGCUCACUCACACACCACUGCUCCUCUCCACUCCAGGGGGAGACUCCUAGAGAUCCAAGACAAGCCAAGUGCUCCUUGCCACAGCGUGGAGGUUGCAUUUCCUGCACCACCAGCCUCUCUGUGUUCCUUGCAGCUCCGGGAACGGGGCAGGAAGAGGUUGAUCCUGUUGCGUGGCUCUCUGCUGAAUCCUCGGCUCCCGCCUGUGAGGAGUCAGCACUCCUGCUCCUUGCUGCCUUUCCUCACCAUGGAUACUUGGCGCAGGGGGUCCAUCAAGUCCACCACCUUCUUCCGACGCUUCUCCCUCAGGAGGCACAAAAAGCUGGGCAACCAAGUCAUCAUCCUGAACCAGAACAGCCACACUCUGGACACGGACGGCCAGAAGAGGGAAUGCUUGAGGGAUCUGAAGGACAAGUCUGAGUACCUGUCCUGUCAGAGCGAGCAGAACCUGGCCAAGGCACAAGCCCCUCCCAAGCCUCCCCGGCUGUACCUGGACAGUUCCAGUUGCCCCAACAUCAUCGAUCACACAGAUUCCCACUCUGACCUCUCCUUUUCCGACGCUGCUCCGUACCACAAAGCCACUCCAACGCACAAGGACCAGGCUACGGACCACGGCACUUCAGAGGCAGGUCUCCCAAACAGCACCACUCUUCCUGACCUGGCUGACCCCUUCCUGUCCUUCAAAGUGGAUUUGGGGCUGUCGCUUCUCGAGGAUGUGCUGCAGACCCUCAGGAAACAGAACCCGAGGGAUUAUGCCAUUUGA